CUAACGAAGAACGGUCAGGACAAUUCGUCAAUUGUCAAUUUGAAUUUCAAAUUAAAAUCAGUUCAAAUAUUUCCUCGUGUUCUGUGUAUUUCCUCCAAGAAUAAAAUUGAGUGGUCUCGAACUUCAUUCAUGCUUUUCUGUUGAUUGUUUAAAAAUAUGGAUAAACUGAUAGAGCAGAUUAAAAGCCUUUGGCCAAAUAUCCAAGUAACAAAAGAAAUUAUUCAAAAGCCUACUCCAGAAUUUGUAAUGCAAUUCUAUAGUCAUUUUAUAGCGGCUGUAGAAGAAAGGAUUCGUUUUACUCUUGGAUGGUGUCAAGAUAAUUUAAGGACUGAUUUGGACCCUGAAGAAGUAAUUUAUUUAAAAAUGACUAAAAUAAAUGAUAUUUUUCAAAGUAUACAUUUAAAUUUUAUGCUGGCCGAUAUUUAUGAUCCCCACCCUAUAAGGACAAAAAAUUUAAUAAAAGUUUGCUUUCACAUCCUAAGGUGUAUUGAAAGCUUUUCUGUGGAUGUCGAAAAAAUAAAUACAAAUAUUUUUGAAAUGAAAGACAGUAUGUCUACACUAGCUAGUGCAAAGGAUCAAUUGCUGAUUGAAAUAAACGAAGCUGCCAUGCUUAAGGGUCAGUUAAUAGAAGACAUCGAAAAAGUAAAAAAGGAAAAAACAGAAGCAGAAGAACAAAAAGAAGAAUAUCUGUUAAAGAGGCCAAAUCUAGAAAUAACAUUUCAGGAACUAAAAAAAGAAUUGGAAAGUAGCAAAAGAAACGUUGACGAAUGUAAGAGAUCUAUAGCAAAUUUAGAGGAAACCGAAAAACAACUUCUAAAAGAAAGUAUAACUGAUGAAGAGUAUAUUGCUUUAAAGGAAACAAUUGCUAAUCUAGAAAUUGAGAAGGAAUCUUUGAUAAAUGAAGAAGUAAACAUGGAAGAUUUACUUUCUGAUCAAAACAGACUUUUUGAACACUUUAGAAGCUGUAUAAAAGCACUACCAGACAAUUUUAAUACAGACUUAGUUAAUAAAGAAAAGAGCAUGGAAAGGGAACUGCAAGAUAUGGAAAGAGAAAUAAACAACCUAUGGUCUCAAUUAUCUUCAUUAAAAACAACUCAUGCCCAUCAGAAAAAGAUAUUUACUAAUUCAAAAAAUGCCUUUGAAAAGUCGAACUUAGAAUAUGCAAAUCUUAAAGAGAAAAUUAAAGAACAAUUUGAAAAAAUAUCGAAGGAUGUGUUAAAUAAAAACGAAAAGCUGCUAAUUACUUUAAAACAGUGUUUGUCUGAAAAUAAAAACUACAAAAUGGACAUUUUCAAAUUGGAAAAUAGUCUAGAACAAUUUAGGGAACAUGUUACAAAAGAGUAUAUUAAGAUAGCUAAGGUUGAAAAUAAAGUAUUUCAAAAAUUGUGAUUACAUGGUUGUUAAUGCUUUAUAUAUAGCUGAAUUCUAAUGAUAUAUAUAUAUUUUUUAUUAAAUAUUAUUUUACAAGCAAAUACGACUUUUAAUCUAUAACUAUUUAAAUAAUAGCCAUUUCUCCAUUUUAUGAAAGUUAUACAAGCGUUUUCAUAAAUUUUUCAAUGUUGCUUCUGUAAUUUUGGGUUGUGUGUUAAUAAUAUCAUGUUCAUUCACUGCAAAUAACACAAGGAUAAGACAAUUGUGCUCAAAAAUUAUAUACAAGGUUAAUCAAAAUUGUCGAGCAAUUUUUCUAGGGAUGAUAGAAUACCUAAAAAUAAGUAGGUUUUCCCUAAUGGACCUAUGUCUAAAAUCACUUAAAGGAAGCACCGACCUCUAGAAAAAAUGUUUAAUGAUUUUUGGAUAAUACUUUAAUAGCAUGAUCAGUUGUUCUGGGACAGGAAACCACUGUUUUAUCUUCUAAAAUUUUAAAAUACCGAUUUAUUUUCUUUGCUUAAUGAGGUCCGUGCACCUGGUGAAAUUCAGUUUUCUUGCGUGUAUGUUUAAGAGGAAUCUAACUACUUUCCUCAAAGUGGAUAGGGCAACUUCAAUUAAGUUUGUCCUUUCUUCGAUAAGAAUUUGCCCAUAUUUUGUGGCAUUAUUGGUGUUCAUUUCUGUUAUAAUUUGCUAAAAAUGUUUAGGGAAAAUAACUGUGAGACCGUUGCUAGACAACGACUAGCUAACAAGUUGGUUGGCUCUUUUAAUAAUAAAAUUUUCUUUAUAUGACCGACAGUUAAUUUAAAUGUACUCCAACAGAACUGCGUGUAGCUGCAAAAAGCUACAUGCAGCAUGAUUCUGAAAAAAAGCAGGAAGAGAAAUAAAAACAGCAAGGAUAUAGUGUGACAUUUGCUAGUCAAGCAAGUAAGCAAUAAAUCGUUUCCCGAUUGUUUGGAAGGGUUUAAAUCCACAGAUUACUAACUCAGAUUAUGAAUAAAAUCUGUUUCAUCCCUUAGUACGUUCUAGAUUUGCCAUAAAUGAAAAAUUUAAGGUCAUAAUAGUAAAAUGGCUGUAGAUACCUAGGAGUUAUUUAUAACGCGCUUAUAAUAAUGUAUGACCCACAAUGGGGUCUAUUCUGUAACAAUUCCUUUAUAUUUAACGGCCUUUAAAAAUCUUUACUUCUGUCAUUAUUUAAACGGAUCUUUAAAAUACAUUAGAGGACUAUCUUAAAGAAAUCUGUUUAAAUA